AUGACCAAGAAGUGCGUCCACAAGGGCUGCGGCAAGGUCUACGAAGACGACGCCGAGCCCUGCGUCUACCACCCCGGCCCACCCGUCUUCCACGAGGGUCAAAAAGGCUGGAAAUGCUGCAAACCCCGCGUCCUCACCUUUGACGAAUUCCUCGCCAUCCCGCCCUGCACCACAGGCACGCACUCGGACGUCGACGACACGCCCGCCCCCGCCGCCCCCACCCCCGCCGACGAAGACGCCAAACCCAAACCCCACGCGGCCGAAGCUCCCGAGCCCACACCCGGCCACGACUCCUCCAUCACCCUAGGCACGCACACGCCCGCGCGCAUCCCGACCAACGCCGCGCCGACGCCCACGCGGUCCCCUGCACCCGAAGAGGAAUCAGACGAAGACGACGACGACACGGCGGCGAUCCCGGACGGGGCGGUGUGCAAGCGCAAGGCGUGCGGGGCGACGUAUUCGGCGGCGGCGGGGAGGGGAGACGAGGAAGGCUGCGUGCAUCACCCGGGGGCGCCGAUAUUCCACGAGGGCAGCAAGGGGUACAGCUGCUGCAAGCGGCGGGUGCUGGAGUUUGACGAGUUCAUGAAGAUUGGGGGGUGUGCGACCAAGGCGCGGCAUUUGUUUGUGGGGAGCAAGAAGAAGGGGAAGGGUGAGGAUGAGGACGAUGUCGUCGAGAGCGUGCGAUCCGACUUCUACCAAACCCCCACCACGAUCAUCGCCUCCCUCUUCCUCAAGAAGAUCGACCCCGCCUGCAGCACCGUCGCGCUGCGCGCCGACGGCGUCGCGCUCGACCUCCGCACGGCGGACCGCCGCCGCCACGCCGCCGACCUGCGCUUCUUCGCCGCCGUCGACCCCGCCCGCUCCGCCUACCGCGUCAUGGGCACCAAGCUCGAGCUCGAGCUGCGCAAGGCCGUCGACGGCCAGACGUGGCCCGUGCUGCGCGCCGACGAUCCGCGCACGGGGGAGAUCAUUCAGGUGGGGAGGGCGGGGAGGGUGUAG